GCCCAUGAGGGUGAUGGGCUGUUGCCCAUGGCGACGGGGCUGAUGCGGCGCUACCGCGAAGCUGGAGUCCCUCCGCCCAAGCUCCUGUACGUGGACAGGGACUGCUGCUCGCCGGUGGGGAAGUCCAGAGCAGCAGCCAUGUUCUGCGAAUGGGAGGAGCUGGUCGUCAGGCUGGACGUGUGGCACCCGAUGAGAAGAUUCGCUGUGGGCGUCACCACCGACAGCCACCAGCUCUACGGCCUGUUCAUGGCGAAGCUGUUGUCAUGCAUCUCCGAGUGGGACAGUGCAGACGUGGCUCGCCUGAUGCAGGCUGUUCGGGCGGAACUGGAGGGGAAGCAGGGCAUCGUGGGCCUGAGCGAAGACCAGCUGACUGGCAGGCUGACCGCGAAGAUGCUGGCUCGGCACUGUCGCCGCCGUACCCGCGGGGCCCAGGAGACCGAGCAGCUCAUCGCUCAGCUGCUGGCGGCCUUCAGGGACGUGAAGGACACGAUGGGCAUCCCCCUGCUGGACAACCAAAGGAUGGACGCCAUGUGGGACACCCAGAGGCAUCCAAGACCCUCCUGGAUUCCAGCUGUACAUGGAGACGGGGCAGCUGACCAAGGGAGGCACCGUCCUCCCCACCUACCGCUGCGCGCGUGGCUCCACCUCGGAGUCGUUCCACCUCCACCUCAACCGCUUCAUCCCUGGCACCUCUGCGAACGCGGAGAAUUUCCAGGCCUACUUGCUGGAAGGGUUGGCGCAGUGGAACGAGGACAGAGCGGCGGCAGCGGUAGACCAGCCGGAGCAGGUGCUGCGUUGUUACGGUGGGCGGCUGCUGGGCCGCAAGCUGGUUGAGGACUACAGAGCCGGGGGAGUACACAGGAGAGCUCAUCAGGGUGGAGUACCUCUACUCCCAGCAGUGCUUGGUGCUGAGGGAGGACAUCGGCCAUGACCCUGACGCCCCCGAUGGCACCCCCGAUGUCCUGGAGAGCCUGGAGGAUGAGGGCUUUGAAGAGGGAGGCCCGGAAGAGGAACAUGACCCCACCAUUUCCUCUCUGCACUUAAUGGGCAGCUCCCUCACUCAGCUCUCCUCACCCGCUGUGGCAGAGAUCCCCUCCUCUCACGCACGGCUGCCCGCGGACCCAGGCCCCAGCACUCCAAGCACUGCUGCUCCUGCUCCAGCUCCUCCUGCUCCUGCUCCUGUAGCUGCAGCUGCUGACGACGACGACAGAGAUGAUAAUGAUGAUGGCGGCGAUGAUGUUUUCAGAGGCCUGACGGAGCCCCGGGGUACGACCGCGUGGUCAGGCUGGCGAGGUACCUGGUGGGGCUACGCGACGAGCCCUGUGUCGCGGAGAGUCACGUUGCCAUGAUCGUCUCUCUCUGGAACAACCUGCCGGAGAGAGACAGGCAGCGUGUCUCCUACCCACCGAGGCACAGGGAGCAGCUCCUUCAGGGCGGGUUCAAGGCCAGCCACUCUAAAACGUCAGUGUGCGCAGGGAAGGAAAGCCUGAAGCGGUGAGUUAAUCGUUUGUGUAGACCAAUGAUAUUACAGAUUUCCAGGCAUGCAUACUCUGCCGCUGGGUUACGCUUGGCCUAACUUCUAAAUUCUUUUUGGGCAGCUGCCUGCUGGGCCAAGGCACCAGGCCUGCACAGUGGCCUCACGUGAGCAGACUGGUGGAGGCCAUCUGCUUGGAGCUCUGCUCACU